GUGCCCCCGAUUCUCUCUUUCUCUCCCAACCCCGACGAUCGAAUCUAUUCCUCGCCUUGAUCUGCUGAUUUCGCUUCUCUCAGAUAAAAAUGGAAAACUGGUCUAUCUCAGACCUUGUGGAAGAAGACUGGUCUAUCUCAGACAUUGUGGAAGCAAAUGAAAAAAGAUAUGUGCGUGAGAGAGAGAGACUCAUGAAGAGGAAGCGGCCAGUGGCGAACUUAUCUGUGACUGAAUUGGAACAAAUGAGGCAAGAGGCUUUAAGAAUAAUAGCAGCAUGUGGUCUCUGUCCCGAAGGAGAGAUUGAGUCUGCUCAAGAGAGGCAAAUUGGAUGCAAGAACAUACUCACGGAUCAGCGUGUGACGACAGAAAAAUCAGAUGUUGGGCAAUCUUCAGGAGAAGGCAGCACAGAAGAAACUCAUGCAAACCCUGCCCCAGAUGAAUAAACAGAAAUCAUUCGUGUUUCUUCCCUUUUUCUCUUUAUCAACAAUCGCAACUCUCAUGCGUGUUUACAUGUUCCAGACCAAAUUGCAUGCAUCUUCUUUUCUUUUUUAAUAGUUGUCAAUGAACGUGCUCUUAAUUAAGAUUUGUGUUUCUUCAGAGAACAAAUCAUUUUUUUUUCCUUAUUUUGUCAACAAUCAACAUGUUCGAUGCAGUAGUAUCAAUCCUAAACUAUUGUGUU